CCCCGUUUUCCCUUUACCGAUCGGUUUCCCUCCCACAUUUUCUUCAUCACAUUUCGCCGUGGGACCAUCGACUCCCUCCGCUUUUGCUUUCUUGAAGCACCACCUCAACCCCCGUGUUCUUUUCCCUCUAUACCCAUUACCUGUUGUGCAACGCUCGGACGCGAUUUUUGCGGAUCGAGCUUCACACUGGUCGACUGUCUUUUACAGGUUGAACCCGCUCCCCAAAAACAACGCAAGUCGGUCGCAUUCAGUGAAGGCGCUGUCAUUAUGGAUACCAACGGCGAAGUGACGGAGGCUGCUCCGGUUGUUGAGAAGCCGGUUGCUGAGACUGAGGACAAGGCCGUCGACGAAGUUACCGAACUCUUCAAGGGUCUUUCGAAAAAGAAGAAGAGCAAGAAGCCCAAGGACACCGAGGGCGAUGACGAGACCCCCGCCGCCGACGGCGAGUUCGACCCCUCCGCUCUGAAGAAGAAGAAGAAGAAGCCGAAGAAGGUCGACGCAGGCGAUUUCGAGGCCAAGCUGGCCGAGGCCGGUGUUGCGGAGAAGGAAGGUGCCGUCGCCGAGGAGAAGGAAGAGGUCGUCCCCGAGGGAGACCACGAAGCUGGAACCGGUAUCUGGGCUCACGACGCCGCGCAACCCAUCCCGUACUCGCUGCUUGUGUCCCGAUUCUUCUCCCUCAUUCAGAGCCACCACCCCGAUCUGUUGUCCAGCGGUACCAAGUCGUAUAAGAUCCCGCCGCCCCAGUGUCUGCGUGAAGGUAACCGUCGUACGAUUUUCGCCAACAUUGCCGAUAUCUGCAAGCGUAUGAAGCGGUCCGAUGAUCACGUUAUGCAGUUCUUGUUCGCCGAAUUGGGUACCAGUGGUAGUGUGGACGGUAGCCGUCGUCUGGUUAUCAAGGGUCGUUUCCAGCAGAAGCAGAUUGAGAACGUCUUGAGAAGAUACAUCGUCGAGUACGUCACCUGCAAGACCUGCCGCAGUCCCGACACCGAGCUCAACAAGGGUGAGAACCGUCUAUACUUCGUCACCUGCAACUCUUGCGGUUCUCGUCGUUCCGUCGCCGCCAUCAAGACCGGUUUCCGUGGACAGGUCGGCCGCAGAAAGAGACAGGGUUAAGCGGGUUAAUGGGAUUUUUGUCAAAGGGGGAGAAGGAUCCAUGGAGGAAACUACCAUGGUGUCUUCGGUGG